UGCAACCAAAUCGAACUGUGUUGAAUUUGAUUCUAGUAAUUCUUAUCGAUCUUUUGUUAAUAUCUGCAACUUUCAUUUCUGCUUAAUUUCGUAUUAUUCAACUCACUCAUUCUUGUUUCUAGAUUCUUCAAUUGUUUGGUCUUGAAUGUACUAGAUGUACUGACUAUUGAUAGUGUUACAGAUUUUAUAUUUUGAUUUGGUUCAAUUUUGAUUUUUUUUUUUUUAUGCUGGAUUUGAUUAUAUAUCAGUCAGGGAAUUGAUUAAAAGUCUAUACAUGCCACCAAAUUUUGGUUGUUAUUUUUUAUUUUUUUAUUUAUAAUAUUGUUUGGUUUUAACUGAAUCCAAUAGAAUAAUGUUUCAAUUUGUGAUCUAAAUGAUUUUUUGCAGUGACUUUUUCACUAUUGUUAUAGUAUUUUAUCUGAUUUAUGGACUUUUUGUUUGGAUUCAGUUUUUAUUGUUUUAUUUUUUAUUUGAUUAACGACAAUAGAUCAGUUGAUAAUUUUGAAGAUAUGUCGAGGGAAUUUGUGCUUGUUGUAGGAAAAAAAAAAAAAUUGUUUCUUCCAUUUCUGCUUGAUUUUGCAACAAUAAACUCAGUAUGCUUUCAAAUUCUUGUCCAUAGAUUCAAAAAGAGAGUUGAUUAAAAUCUAUACAGCUCAGGACUUGAGAUCCAAAACCCUUAAUUCAAAAUGGAAAAAGAAAAUGGGGAGGAGGCUUCAUUGUCGACUUUCCUGCCUCUUGCCUCCGCCUCUCAACAGCCUUAUGUCUCUGAGCUCCUCUCAUUCACUCUUGAUCGCCUCCACAAGGAACCCGAGCUUCUUCGGGUUGAUGCGGAGCGGAUUCAGAGGCAAAUGCAAGAGGUGGCUGUGGGAAACUACCGAGCAUUUAUAGCUGCAGCAGAUGCGUUGCUUGCAAUUCAAGAGGAAGUGUCUUCUAUUGAUAGGCAUCUCGAGUCUCUGAUAACUGAGAUCCCGAAACUGACAUCUGGUUGUACAGAAUUCAUUGAAUCUGCUGAACAGAUUUUGGAGAAAAGAAAGAUGAACCAAACACUGCUAGCAAAUCACAGUACUUUGCUUGACUUGCUUGAAAUUCCUCAGCUUAUGGACACAUGUGUAAGGAAUGGAAAUUAUGACGAAGCUCUUGACUUAGAAGCAUAUGUUUGCAAACUUUCAACCAUGCACCCCAAAUUACCUAUCAUUCUAGCACUAGCUUCUGAAGUUAGGCAGACAACCCAAUCUCUUCUUUCCCAGCUUCUCCAGAAACUCCGCUCUAAUAUUCAGUUACCAGAGUGUCUUCGAAUUAUUGGAUAUUUACGUCGAAUUGGGGUGUUCAGUGAGUAUGAAAUGCGUUUGCAGUUUCUAAGAUGUCGAGAGGCUUGGCUUACUGGAAUUCUUGAGGAUCUGGACCAGAAAAAUGCUUAUGAGUACUUGAAAGGGAUGAUAAACUGUCACAGAAUGCAUCUUUUUGAUGUUGUUAACCAAUAUAGAGCAAUAUUCGCUGACGAUACAUCAGGAAGUGAAGAAAAUUAUGAUGGAGGCCUUCUUUUUAGUUGGGCUAUGCAUCAAAUUACUUCACACCUUAAAACUCUUAAAAUUAUGCUCCCAAAGAUAACUGAGGGUGGAUCUCUGUCAAAUAUUCUGGAUCAGUGCAUGUAUUGUGCUAUGGGGCUUGGUUGGGUUGGGCUGGAUUUUCGAGGCUUGCUUCCGCCACUAUUUGAAGAGGCAGUUCUCAACUUAUUCUCGAAGAAUAUGAGUACAGCAGUAGAAAAUUUUCAGUUAGUUUUGGAUUCACAUCGAUGGGUUCCACUACCAGCAGUUGGCUUUCCAGCCUCUAGUGUAGGUGAAGAAACUCAGGAAGAUAUGACUCCACCAUCUUAUCUAAUGGAGCAUCCACCUCUGGCAGUGUUUGUUAACGGUGUUGCCGCUGCAAUGAAUGAGUUACGCCCAUGUGCCCCAUUGAAUUUAAAGAAUGUGCUUGCUCAAGAAUUGAUUAAGGGGUUGCAGGCUGUAUCCGACUCUCUAUUGAGGUACAGUACAACUCGGAUGCUUAGACAAAAUGAAUCUGGGCUUUUCCUCUCGCUCUGCCGCGCAUUUAUAGAGGUUGCUUACCCACAUUGUGCCACAUGCUUUGGGCGUUGUUACCCCGGUGGGGCUGUGCUUAUCAUGGAUGCAAAGAAUUUAUAUGAUGGAGUUGGCCGCCUAUUGACGCUCUCUCCAGCAAAAGAACUCCCCAAACCAGUGAGUGGUGGAGAGGGAAAGAGCAUACCGGAAAACGGUAAACUUUCUGCAGAGGAAAAUGGAGUUAUGUCUGGUGUCGAAGAAGCACAAGGUAGCUGUGAGGACCAGGAGGAGCACAAGAGUCCUGUGAAGACCGAGGAAACCAAGGAAGAGUGAAAAGCAUUUGUCUCUGAGCAAUUAAUUCUGUGAGAGUUAUAAUGUUUAGCUUUAGUAGGAAUUGUGGCAGCACAAAAUUUUGAUAAUUUGGUAUUGUAAAAUAUCUAAUUGAUAAUCUACUAUACCUUAAUUGAACUUAUAUAGUUACUAUGAGGCAAUUUGUAAUAGAAAUGUAUGGGGUAUGACAUACCCCAAAAUAUCGAUAUUCAUUGUAAUAAA